AUGGUGCAUGCCGUACUUUCCUCUUGCGGCUCCGACCAGUGCCCGGCAAAGGAAAGUAUGCCGCCUUCGGACCAAAAGCCACAGCCGCUGCUCAUCGGAAGUCAAUCUCAUCUGGUGCCACGGUGGCGGCGUCCCACGAAUCACCCCACCGGGAUUGAUGCCCCUGGUCAGCCCUCCCAGGGCAGGCCGGGUUGUUCCGAUGGCCGACUGCGACCGGUCCGACGUGGACAGUCCUCUUCAACGCCGUGGCCCAUAGAAGGUAGGUUGACCCGGAGGUGUCCGAGCCACUCUCCACGACAUGCCGAGGCGGCCCCGAGGGGUUGCCAAUGCAGGAUGGCGUCGGCGGCGGCGGGCAUGCCCAAUCUUUUCGCUGGGCCAGCGGAUUCUAAAUCCCGACACCUAGGGCCGCUUCGGAGUGGCUCGCUGUUCGACGAGGCCGUGGAGCCCCACCACUUUGCCCGCUACCCCUUCUCCGGCCUCCAGAUUCUCCCCUCAUUUUUUCCUCUGACUACUGCUUCGACCGUCGUCAUCGGCGUCCGGAAGGCGGCUACACCAGUUGCCAUCCGAGAACCCCUCGACCACUCACGUUGGAGUGCUUUUGAAGAAGAAAAAGAAAAUUCCACUAGUUUGCCACUACGGCUCCUUCUGCAAACGAACUCUCAAGCGUUUAACUCUAAUUAA